AUGUAUCAGCAAUUCAGGGCGGAGAGAAGGCAAACGAGGAAUCAGAUCAGGGGCCCGCAUUCAGCCCUGACUGACUUUUUGGCUUCCAACAAUAUCUCUGCUGCCCAGAUCCAUCAGAACCAUCAACGUCGCCUAAGGGACUUUGAGCGCCAGUCAGCUGCGGAAAGACAAGGAAGUUCUCCCGAUGACAGUGACGAUGAUGAGUUUCAACAUGUUGGUGAGUCGGCAGAAGACAGGAAAAAGCGGAAGCGGAAGGAGGCGGUCGCUCUCGCGAAGAUCAAGCAAAGCAAAGAGUUCGCUCGUCAUAAAGCUCGACGCACGGGCGGGCCCGACGAUGCUGACGAUGAGAUUGCUCGAGAGAUGAUGCACCAGAGGUCUCAGCCUUUGCCAGGCCAGCUUGAGAAUUGUGAGAUAUGUGGUAAACGCUUUACGGUAACCCCCUACAGUAAAGCUGGUCCUCAGGGAGGUCUUCUCUGCUCAAAGUGUUCAAAGGCAUUAGCAGAUGAUGAGAAGAAACCCAAAGCUAAUAGGCGAGGAGCGAGGAGUGGUCGGCGCCAGAAUCAAAGUAAUCUUCUCGAUGGACUGGCUCACCAAGGCGCUCUAAGCUUAGCUGAGAUGUGUACGAAGAAAGUGGCCGACAACAUUAACGAUAUCGAAGAAUUUGGGGAUCUACCCUCGCAGUUGCUGCAUCGUCUCAGUCAAAUAUUGUGUAAGAGGCGGGUUUUGACACCGAGAACCCUUAAUCUGUUUCUCCGGCCAGACCUUGACUCCAUUGAUAUCUACGAUGCUGCGAGGCUCGAGACACAUGAUUUCGAAAAGAUCUUUGCCCUCAUGCCAAAUUUGUCGCAUGUCAACAUCCGGUUUGCCGGUCAACUGAAGGACAAGGUAAUUGAAUAUAUGCUGGACCGCAAUUUGCAAGUCAAGCGUUUGCAGCUAGACGCUGCGAACCUGGUGUCCGAUGCAUACUGGCAACAACUAUUCCAAAAACUAGGUCCCCAGCUAGAAACCCUCAAACUAUCCAACCUUGAUUUUUCUCUGGACGAUGAGACCAUAGAAGUGAUGUGUUUGUAUUGUACACCACUUCGGCGGCUGAAAUUGAAGCAGUGCUGGAAGGCUGGUAAUCGUUCGCUUCAAGCAAUUUCUGGUCUCACAUCCUUAGAGCACCUAUCUCUGGACUACGUCCAAGAGAUAGAAAUUGAGAUUCUUCUUAGCACAAUCUCUAAAAUUAGCCCGCGCUUGCAGACGUUGUCGCUGGAAGGUUUCUCUAACGCGGAUGAUCGUCUUCUAGGAAUUAUACAUGACAAUUGCCGGGCUCUGACGAAACUUCGCUUUUCUGACAAUGCAGUAUGUACUGACAGGGGCUUCGUCAAUCUAUUCACAGGCUGGGCGAACCCUCCACUAGAGAAUGUCGACCUCUCUUCUACACGGGAUGUUGAUAAUACGAACCCAGAUGGCCCUAAAGAUGCAACUGGCCUCGCAUCCCGUGGCCUUGUGGCACUCAUGAACCACUCAGGCUCCAAGUUACAAAAACUGAAUAUAGCAUCCUGCCGCCACGUGUCACACUCAGCCUUCGAGGAGAUAUUUUCGGCUGGGACAACGUACCCUAACCUCAAGGAAUUAGACGUCUCAUUCCAUACUGUCGUCGAUGACUAUGUGGUGGGUCGGAUUUUCCAAUGCUGUCCUAAACUUCAGAAGUUGGUCGCUUUUGCCUGUUUCAACUUGCGAGAUGCUCAAGUUCCAGCCGGAGUUGCUUUGAUCGGGGGGUUGAAAGCGCAAGACUCUAUUGUUCUUCAGGGUAACUACUAGGCCUCCAAGGUGUCCUUGAUUUGUGCCCCGCCUACAUAUCAACCAUGAACGAUGAUGUGCCAGCUUGUUUGUAGUAUUAAUGCAUUUGCGAUGUGCUUUUCUUGACUGUCCUUUGCCACAUUUCGAUGUAUCAGGAC